CAGCAUGGGCGACAGAGGGAGACCAUGUCUCAAAAAACAAACAAAAAAAAAGUUGUUUGAUUUGUAUUUCAUUUUUUUGCCUAAUUCUCCUGGCUGGAACUAGUUCAAUGCUGACUAAAGGAUGAGAGCAGAUUAUCUCUUCUUGUUCUGAUCUUAGGGUGAAAUAUUUCAGUCUUCUACCAUUAAGUAUAAUAGAUGUGGGGUUUUCUUGGUGCCCUUUAUCAGGUUGAGGAAAUCCUCUUCUAAGUUUGUUGACUGAAUUCUACUAUUAAUUGCUAUGUUAAAUUAAGGAUAAGAUAAUUUAAUACUUAGAAAGCUGCUGGUAAUGCUCUGGUAGCUAAUACCUGAAGCGGUCAGCUGGCUGGUAAAACUGGGGAGGGAGUCUACUCUCAGGUCCCAUUUACUGAAUAGAUAGGUUUUACCGGUGAUCUUAAAUGACAUCUCCAUUUUUAAAAGAUAAAGAAGACAACUGUGGAAGAUACAUGUAGAUGAUUGCUCAACAUUCUGUUAAAAUGGUGUCAAAACUUAGAGGGCGAAAUGUGUAAGAAGGGUGCCUGUGCUGCAGAAAACAACUUGGUACUGAAUUGGGUGUCUGGUUUACCUUACCAAGUUAAAAUUACUAUCUGUGUAGUUAUUGAUAGCAGCAUAGUUAUUGAUUUAUUAAUUCACAUGAUAGGAAAGUUGAAAUUAAUAAAUUAUCACAAACUAAUGAGAAAAGGAUAUGUUUUGUUAUAGUGUCCGACAUAUAAUUAUUCCUUGAUAAGCAUAAGUUUCUUUUACUCCUUUCAAGGUGUGCAUUAAAAAGGGUGUUUUUCAAGGCGUUAAUUAAAGGGGGAAUUUAUAAGGCAUGGUUGGGAAUAAUAAACAUCAAAUUCAAGAUUAUGCUUAUCUUUUCAUUUAGGAGUCGAGGAUGAAGGAGGAGGAGUAAGCUAUUAUAUUGUACAGGGCACUUUAUUUUUAUUUCAUAAUGCAAAAUGAAUUAUAUGUGUCUGUAUAGCCAAACAUUAAUAAAAUAAUAUAUAACUUGAGCUAGAAUGGAACUUAACAAGCAUCUGGUCUAACCUUCUCAGUUUUACAGUUGAGAAAACUGAACUCUAUAGAGUUAAAUUGAUUUAUUCUAUGCUGUUGUAUACUAACGUUAGAACAUGGAAUAGAACCUAGUUUUAUUAGUUCAGAAGUCUUUUUUUAUGCCACGCUUUUUAGAAUAUGUGUAUUUUAAAUUGUGAUAGUUUGUGUGGUAUUUUACAAUUAUACUGCUUUGCAGCAAGAGGAUUAUAAUAUCCGUACCUUUUGCCAUGUGAUGUGAAGUGUUUCCCCUUGGUAGAUUUUUACUUCCUAUUCCCUUAAUGAUUAUUUUGGAUUUAGCCAUUGGAAUGUGAAGGAAAGUGAUGUACACCAUGUCUAAGCAAAAGCUUUAAAACAAGCAUGUCCCGCUCGUGGCCCACGGGUUACAUAUAGCCCAAGACUGUUUUAAAUGUAGCCCAACACAAACUCGUAAACGUUCUUAAAACAUCAUACAUUUUUUUCUUUGCGAUGUUUUUUUAAGCUCCUCAGUUAUUGUUAGUGUAUUUUAUGUGUGACCUAAGACAAUUCUUUCAUUGUGGCCCAGGGAAGCCAAAAGAUUGGACACCCCUGCUAAAAGCUAUUGUAUACUGUAUAUCUCUGUAUUGCCAAAAGCUAUCAUAUACUGUAUAUAUGAUAAACAGUACAUCAGAGUGUACAUAUAUAUACAAUAUACAUCAGAGAUAUUACAGUGUACGUAUAUCAGAAGUAUACAGUAUACAAUACUUUUCCCUCUGCCACAAGGCCUAGAUGGGAUGAGGGAGACCUGUUCCUUCAGCCUGGUGUCCUAGAAUGAAGAAGUAUAGUUAUUAGCCAGUGAAAUUUUGUUGUUGUUGUUGCUGCAUUAUCACCUAGUAAAAGGUGACACAGGAAGUUGGCUAUCCAGCUUUUGUCUUUAGGUUGGGUUAAUAAGAAAAGUAAGUAUUUCCUGGCAUUUGAAGGAUUUACAUCUUUCAUCUCUUCAUACCUCAUUCUGGGUGUUUUAGUUCACCCAAGUAAAAUGUGAAAAGUACAUUAGGACAGAUGAUUUCUAUUACUGAUGGUUAUUUAUUUAUUUUUUUAAUGAGACCUAGUCUUGCUAUGUUGCCCAGGCUGGUCUCUACCCUUUAGGCUGAAGCAAUCCACUGCCUCAGCCUCCCAAGCAGCUGGGAUUACAGGUUAUGUGCCACCGCUCCCAUCUCUGGACAAAUGAUUUCUUAAAUUUCUGUGGAGAUAAAUACAACACCUUCUUUAACUUCACUCCUUUUCUGCAUAGGGAUAAUAGAGUUUGGCAAGCUAGUAGGGUCUUGAUGGAAAAUUGGCCAGUUUUCUAAGGGGGUGUAUUCUAAAAUGACAUUUGUUAGAUCAGAUCAUUUAAUUUUAUUUUGCCCAUGUAACACAAUGAUCCCCAAAAUCGACUUGGAGAAUUAAUUUUAAGAUAUCUUACUUUUUUGUCAUGUGGACCAUUCCAAAAUUUCUCAAAAUAUAGCAGUGAAUGUAACAAGAAGUUAGACUGUAGUGACACUUCUGGUUUCGAUGUAACCAAAAUUUUAAGGACAUGAUUUACUCCUGCCUUGUCCAGGGAAUUGUUGGUAAAGCAAACUCCCUAUUUCUUUUGUGGUUGGUUAUUUUUUACAAUUUAGUUUGGGGUUAUUGCUUUCUGCAUUUUGGUUGGUGACAGGAAGAGAGGCUGAUUUGUUGAGGUGUCAGAUAUUAUAAUCACUCAAUAACUUACUCAAUUGACUUUAUGAGUAUUUGAUAAACAGAUUUUACCACUUUUUUUUAAAGAUGGCAGGAUAGCUAGUGACAGUUAUUUUAUACCAGUUGAGAUAACUGUAGCUAAUCAUGCAACAGUAUAACAUCUGUUUACAUAGCCUUUAUGUUAUACGGAAUAUAAGUAAUUUAAAGAUGAUUUAAAGUAUACAGGAGUAUAUGCAUAGGUUAUAUGCAAAUACUAUAUUAUUUUAUAUAAGGGACUUGCACAUUGUCAGAUUUUGGUAUCUGUGGGGAGUCCUGAAACAAGUCUCCCACAAAUACUGAUAGAUAUCAUAUUUAAAAUAAAAAAUUUAAAAUUUUUAUACUAAAUUUGAGCAGAUAAGUAUCAAAGUGAGUGAACCGUUGCAUUGUCAGAUUCCCUGUUUAAUGGGCAAUAAAUAGUAAAGCAGAUUGUUAGCAUUUAUUUUGCAAGUCACUAUUCUUUAUGAUUUUAUUUUCAAGAGUAUUGCAAAUUCUCAAGCAAAAUUUAGUUUCAGCCGAGAAUGGGAUUCUUAAAGAAUCUAAUAGCAGAGUUGCAUUUCUAAAGAGGCUAGGAAUUACCAGCAUAAAGUGAUUAUUUAAUAUUUAAUUCAGCCAUUUAAUGAAAAUAAACUUGAAUUAAAAUUAUUUUCAGCAGAAAAAUGAAAUUUUCAUUCAGAAAAAUGUUAUACUGUCAGCCAACAACAUGAAUAUAAUUAGAAUGCUUUUGUUAAAGACAGAAAUGCCAUGUCCACUUAAAAGAUUUUGCUUAAUGUUUUCUAAGCUUUUGCUUUAGUUUUAUUUUUAAGUAUACUUCAUCAGAUAUUCAUAACUUUGAAUUAAUAGAGCAUUUGUGUUGUUUAUGUGUUGUGUAUGCUUUUUGACCCAACAAUCGUGGUACUUAGUUAAGUCUGUUCUUGGAAAGCAGUACAGACCCUAGUUUAUUUAAUCAAAGAAACCCUAGUAUAGACCUGUUUUUCAAACAGCGCAUCUGGAGUUACAUUCCUAAUGUUUCCAUUUCGUUGUUCACCUUGUUCACCUUUAUUUUCACAUUCUUUGGGUUUUUGAUAGAUCACUUGUCCUCAUCUGCUUCCCUUGUUGCUGGGCAAGGUUUGUGACACUGAUGUCUGAUUGGUUUUAGACUAUUUCGGCUUUGAGCCAAUCAGACAGUGAAUUUCAGUUCUCUCACAGGACUGAAACAUUGAAGCAGCUGUUGAUUUAUUUUUCCUUUGGGGAGAUUAUAUAAACUAAGAGUAUGGCUGCAGCAAGCUCCCUCUUGGAUUCAAAAUGGAAAGUUUAGAAGAACCUCAGAAAAAAGUGUUUAAGGCUCGAAAAACGAUGAGAGUGAGUGAUCGUCAGCAACUUGAAGCAGUAUACAAGGUCAAAGAGGAACUGUUGAAAACUGAUGUCAAGCUGUUAAAUGGCAACCAUGAAAAUGGAGAUUUGGACCCAACCUCACCUUUGGAAAAUAUGGAUUACGUUAAAGACAAGGAAGAGGUGAAUGGCAUUGAAGAAAUUUGUUUUGAUCCUGAAGAAAGUAAAACAGAAUGGAAAGAAACACCCUGUAUCCUAAGUGUUAAUGUAAAAAACAAGCAGGAUGAUGAUUUAAAUUCUGAACCUUUGUCUCCCAAUAAUAUAACUCUAGAACCAGACUCUAAACUGACUGCUGAACCAGUUUCUGGUGAUCCAGCCCCUGGUGAUCUGGAUGCUGGAGAUCCAGCCUCUGGAGUACUGGCCUCUGGUGAUUCCACCUCUGGUGAUCCCACCUCUGGUGAUCCCACCUCUAGCGACCCCUCCGCUAGUGAUGCUGCCUCUGGUGAUGCACCCUCUGGUGAUGCCCCUUCUGAUGAUGUCCCUUCUGGUGAUGCCGCCUCUGGUGAUGCCACCUCUGAUCUCUCCUCUGGCGAUCCCACCUCUGGUGAUCCCCUCCCAGGUGAACCAGUGUCUGUUGCACCCAUUUCUGGUGAUUGUGCCUGUGAUGAUAUAGCUUCUAGUGAAAUAACUUCUGUUGAUCUGGCUUCCGGAGCACAAGCUUCCAUUGAUCCAGCCUCUGAUGAUCUGGCUUCUGGUGAACUAUCCUCUAGUGAACUGGCCUCUGAUGAUCUGGCCACUGGUGAAUUGGCCUCUGAUGAGCUGACUUCUGAAUCAGCCUUUGAUCGUACCUUUGAACCAAGUUCUGUACCAGUUUGUGAACCAGUUCCUGAAAUUGACAAUAUAGAACCAAGUAGCAAUAAAGAUGAUGAUUUUCUUGAAAAAAAUGAGGAUGAUGAAAAGUUAGAGCAAAUUCAAAGUAAAGACUCAUUGGAUGAGAAAAAUAAAGCUGAUAGUAAUAUUGAUGCUAAUGAAGAAACUCUAGAAACAGAUGAUACAACUAUUUGUUCAGAUCGACCUCCUGAAAAUGAAAAGAAGGUAGAGGAAGAUACUAUCACAGAGCUUGCCCUUGGAGAAGAUGCUAUAUCUAGCAGUAUGGAAAUUGACCAAGUUGAAAAGAAUGAAGAUGAAAAUUCUGCAGAUCUUGUUGGAAGCAUUAGUGAAAAUGUUACGGAAGAUGACAAAAGUGAGAAUAUCUUAGAAAAUACAGACUCUAUGGAGACAGAUGAAAUCAUUCCUAUUUUGGAAAAGCUUGCACCUUCUGAGGAUGAACUUACUUGCUUUUCUAAAGCAUCUCUCCUUCCAAUUGAUGAGACAAAUCCAGAUUUGGAAGAGAAAAUGGAAAGUUCUUUUGGUUCACCAUCUAAACAAGAAAGUAGUGAGAGUUUGCCAAAAGAAGCCUUUUUGGUCCUCUCUGAUGAAGAGGACAUUUCAGGUGAAAAAGAUGAGUCUGAAGUUAUAUCGCAAAAUGAAACGUGCUCUCCAGCAGAAGUAGAAAGUAAUGAAAAGGACAACAAACCUGAGGGAGAAGAGCAAGUAACACAUGAAGAUGAUGAAAGACCUUCUGAGAAAAAUGAAUUUUCCAGACGAAAACGUUCUAAAUCAGAAGACAUGGACAAUAUACAGUCUAAACGUCGUCGAUAUGUGGAAGAAGAAUAUGAGGCAGAAUUUCAAGUAAAGAUUACAGCCAAAGGAGAUAUUAACCAGAAACUUCAAAAGGUUAUACAGUGGUUGCUGGAAGAAAAAUUGUGUGCGCUGCAGUGUGCUGUAUUUGAUAAGACUUUGGCAGAAUUGAAAACACGAGUGGAAAAGAUUGAAUGUAAUAAGAGGCAUAAAACAGUUCUUACUGAACUACAGGCCAAGAUAACCAGGUUAACCAAACGCUUUGAAGCAGCCAAAGAAGAUCUUAAGAAAAGACAAGAACAUCCACCAAACCCACCAGUAUCCCCAGGAAAAACUGUAAAUGAUGUCAACAGCAAUAAUAACAUGCCUUACAGAAAUGCAGGCACAGUGAGACAGAUGCUGGAGUCCAAAAGAAAUGUAAGCGAGAGUGCACCGCCAUCCUUUCAAACUCCUGUGAAUACAGUAUCUUCAACCAACCUUGUCACUCCUCCAACAGUUGUCAGUAGUCAACCUAAGUUGCAGACUCCAGUAACUUCGGGUUCCCUGACAGCAACAUCAGUUCUUCCUGCACCCAAUACAGCUGCUGUAGUUGCUACUACUCAGGUGCCUAGUGGAAAUCCCCAACCUACAAUCUCUUUGCAAUCUUUGCCAGUAAUUUUGCAUGUACCUGUUGCAGUAUCCUCCCAGCCUCAGCUUCUACAGAGCCAUCCAGGGACUUUGGUGACUAAUCAACCAUCUGGCAAUGUAGAAUUCAUUUCUGUGCAAAGCCCACCUACAGUGAGUGGUCUUACCAAAAAUCCAGUAUCCUUGCCAUCCUUGCCAAAUCCCACUAAACCAAACAACGUUCCUUCUGUGCCCAGUCCUAGUAUUCAAAGGAACCCUACUGCCAGUGCUGCACCAUUGGGAACAACACUCGCUGUGCAGGCUGUUCCAACGGCACACUCUAUUGUACAAGCCACAAGGACUUCUUUACCCACAGUGGGCCCAUCAGGACUCUAUAGUCCAUCAAAUAAUCGAGGUCCUAUACAGAUGAAAAUUCCAAUUUCUGCUUUUAGUACUUCAUCUCCUGCAGAACAGAACAGCACUACUAACCCAAGAAUUGAAAACCAGACAAACAAAACAAUAGAUGUUUCUGUUAAUAAGAAAGCAGCUGAUAGCACAUCACAGAGCGGAAAAGCCACUGGCAGUGAUUCAAGUGGUGUCAUUGAUCUCACAAUGGAUGAUGAAGAUAGUGGAGCUUCACAAGACCCCAAAAAGGUAAAUCACACUCCUGUAUCAACCAUGAGUUCUUCUCAGCCUGUGUCGCGACCACUGCAACCCAUACAACCAGCACCGCCUCUUCAACCAUCUGGGGUGCCAACAAGUGGACCAUCUCAGACCACCAUACACUUACUACCUACAGCUCCAACUACCGUGAAUGUAACACACCGUCCAGUAACUCAGGUGACCACAAGACUCCCUGUACCAAGAGCUCCUGCAAACCAUCAGGUGGUUUAUACAACUCUUCCUGCACCACCAGCUCAGGCUCCCUUGCGAGGAACUGUUAUGCAGGCUCCUGCUGUUCGGCAGGUCAAUCCCCAAAAUAGUGUUACAGUUCGAGUGCCUCAAACAACCACGUAUGUUGUAAACAAUGGACUAACCCUGGGAUCAACAGGACCUCAGCUCACAGUGCAUCAUCGACCACCACAAGUGCAUACUGAGCCCCCACGCCCUGUGCACCCAGCACCCUUACCAGAAGCUCCACAACCACAGCGUCUGCCCCCAGAAGCUGCCAGCACAUCUCUGCCUCAGAAGCCACACUUGAAGUUAGCACGAGUUCAGAGUCAAAAUGGCAUAGUACUGUCAUGGAGUGUCCUGGAGGUGGAUCGAAGCUGUGCCACUGUUGAUAGCUACCAUCUCUAUGCUUACCACGAGGAACCCAGUGCCACUGUGCCCUCGCAGUGGAAAAAGAUUGGAGAAGUAAAGGCACUUCCCUUGCCCAUGGCAUGUACUCUCACCCAGUUUGUAUCUGGUAGCAAAUACUACUUUGCAGUACGAGCCAAGGAUAUUUAUGGACGUUUUGGGCCUUUCUGUGAUCCUCAGUCAACAGAUGUGAUCUCUUCUACCCAGAGCAGUUAAACCUUGGAGCCUUUAUAUUUUCCUCUUUUAAAUUUUCCACCUUUUGGUCUUGUUUUUAAUCUUGUGCAUGAUACCCCACUAAAAUCCACCUUGUGGAUUUCUUGGACAGAUGUGUGUAUACACUACAUUUGUUUAUAACAGAAGCAAAAUAAACUCAGCCCACAAAGCAAGAAUCUUUUCCUGGACAGUUUAGGCUUUGGGGUUUCGAAAUGUAAA